AUGACAACCUUGAAUGAGACAUCAGGGGUUCUUACCAGUCCUUACUAUCCAAGGCGUUACCCUUCGAACGUGAAAUGCAGCUGGAAAAUUAUAGCAAGUAAAGGAGAACGCAUUGUGCUGGUCAUUAGAGACAUAGAUAUUCGGAAAUGUGGUUCAUCUUGCACGUGUGACUACCUGGAAAUACAAAAUGGCUCAUCCUCUGAUGGCAUCUCAGGCAGGCGAAGAUGUAGAAACUAUAAUGACCGUGGGAUAGUAUACCAUUCAGCAAAAGAUGUUCUGAGGGUGACGUUUGUUUCUGGUGCUAGGACUUACUGGGUGUACCGUGGAUUUAAGGCAACUUACAUUAAAGUGAAAUAUAAUGCAACAACCACCGGUAAGUUAUUAAAAAUCGGCUUUUAA